GGUACCUAAUCUAAGUGAGUGUGGUAAAUAUAGCUGCCAGCACUGUUAGCCAUGCAAAGUUAGUUGAUAUCCCCGACGAUCCGUCCACUGAAUAAUAUACUAUAGCACGUCCUAGUUGUUAUCGUACGGAUUCUGUGCAUUAUAAUUCAAUUUCUGUCCUGUUCGCCACUAAUAUACCCAUUUCCGAAACACUUAUCUCAUCCAUAAUCUCAUCAUCAGUCACAAUGGCAUUAAACUCCUUCAACCAACCUCAUGACUCGAACCUAACUAUAGGAACCUAUGUGUACUUAAAAUAUCUGUCGUUCUAGAUGUCUCAUCUAGAAUCCUGACAGUAGGUGCGUCACCUUAUUUGACGUUCUUUGCACAUCGUCAGAGCACUUAACGGUUCCGGAUCGGAUCCGAUACCACAGACCCUAUAUUUCGGAACCGAUACUUCUCCGUCUUGGAUGGUGCCAGUACUGCUGAUCUAAAAUCUAUAUAUAUAUAUAUACGAAUAGGAUACCUAGAAGUUUAUGAAUCGUUUUUAUCAUCAUCAACGCCCGAUGAAAAGAAAGCCAUCAGCUUACUUAGCAGCCCUUGUAUUGCAGGGUAUUUUCAAGACAUAAGACAUCUCUCCCUUUCGAAUUAACCCAUUCUCUUCUUUUAACCUCUAAAUAAAGAUCCGAGUGUAUCCAACAAGCUAAGAAAAUGCCUUCAAUUCGGGUUGCGCUCGCCGGUGCCACGGGAAACAUUGGAGCUCCCAUUCUCGAAGCUCUCCUCGGCUCGGAUUUCAAUGUAACGGCCCUCUCACGUAUAGGUGGGAACUCAUCCAAGUUGAAGCCCCACCCUAACCUUGUCAUCAAAGAGGUCGACUUCAGCUCCAUUGAGUCCCUAACCCCCGCGCUGAUGGGAGUUCAAGUUGUCGUCUCUUGUGUGGCGACAAUGGCGAUGGGCGACCAAAAUCCCUUGAUCGACGCCGCAGCUGCGGCAGGUGUGAAGCGAUUCAUCCCAGCGGAGUUCGGCAUAGAUUCACAGAAUCCUCUAUGCAUGCAGCUCCCUAUCGUCGGCGUGUCUAAGGUAAAAACGCAGCAGCGCCUCCGGGAGAAAUCCAGAUCCGACCCCGGGUUUACUUACACGGCGAUUGCCAACGGUCUAUUCCUAGAUUGGUGCCUCGAGGAGACCAUUAUCCUGGACAUACCUAAGCAUACUGCAACUCUAUAUAACGGCGGCGAUGUGAAAUUCAGCGCCUCGCUUCUGUCCGAUAUCGCGAAGGCUGUUUUGGGCGUUAUUGCACAUCAGGACGAGACGGCAAAUCGCGUGGUCUACAUCCAUUCGGCGCUUAUUACUCAAAACCAGCUAAUUCGGUACGCCAAAGAACAAGAUGGAAGAGAAUGGGACACUAUUGUUAAGGAUACAGAAGAGCUCAGACAAGAAAGCUUAGCGGCACAAGCCGAAGGCUCCAAGGGAGGUAUGGAGGCUGCAGCACUCGGGUUUUCCCUAUGUGGCAUGUUCAAUUCCGACUACGGCUGUGAUUUCUCGAGUCACUUGGACAAUAAAUUGUUAGGCAUAAAGGAACUGAACGAAGAUGAGCUAAGGAAGCUGGUGGGGAGCUUCUUGUGAUAUACGUAGUAGUUUAGAGGGGAUGAUGAGUAGUAGGCAAGAGAAAUUAAAACGGAGUAGUUUUUUAGAAAGCGUUUAUUCUUCGGUGAAGUGUGGAUACCUAAUAUUGAAGGCAUACAAACAAAAUUUAAUGUGUGGGAAGAGAAUUGUUCUCCUCAGUCUGUCAAAAGAUAUUAUGUCUACUGCGUCUAGAUCGGCUUAGGGGGUUACAGCUCGAUAAGCGGACCCCUAAUUUCGCGCCAAGCCUGCUUAGC